AUGGAGUCGAAAGAGGAAUUGAAAGUUUAUCAAGAAAGUUUGGAAAGGGAAAUCGAGAAUAAGGAAUAUUUUUUAAAACAAGCCAGAAAUGCUUUGGAAGCAUUGCAGAAAAACGGAUCAGAAAAGACCCUGAAUGACGACCCUGAUCUUUGGAAUUCUUUUUUGGAGAAACCUAUGUUUUUUCCAGAUAGGUCGGAUCCUGCCGGUUUAAGUCUGGCGUCGUAUGAGCUGAGACAACGGCUGGAAUCCAGCCAGCAGUACUUACAGGAAGAGCCCCUCGAGCCACUCGAGGAGAUGCUAGGAGUUCAAAAGACACUAAAUGACGGUUUACAAGAGCUGGAAUACUUGCUUUCGCAGAGACUGAAGGGCUCCAAAACGUGCAAUUUCCAAAGAACAUAUCAAUCCUCUCUGUCACGCAACUCCGAACUGUGGGCCAUCUUGAAACUACUCCUCGAAAACUUCGUUGCCGUGGAUCUCUCGCCGAAAGGAUUAGAUACUGAUUUGGUGGCAGAGAAUAUGUUCAAGUUGAUGGAACGCUUGGUCAAGAAGCGUGAGAAAGUCGCAGCGAAAGAUUUCGAGGGCCAGUGUUCUGGGCUCUAUAGAAUUUUAUUAAGGGCUAAUUUUAUACGCAAAACAGACGACGACUGUUUUGCAGAGCUAGAAGACUUUUCGGAAAUUUUUUAG